UCAAAUGAUUGUCAUCUCCCAUGAUAAAAGAUCAUGACUGUAUGAUAGAGAGGAUUAACUGGUUUUAUCUGGGAUUAAAGACGGUUUCCUAAUGGCUGUGUGGUUUAUAUUCAGAGCUUAAGACCUUCUAAAAGCUCUCCAUCCAUCACUUCAUUCUAGAGAGAAGAUCGCUCGCAAGUUCGUACAGAAGUACGAGAGCGCAGCAUGACUGACAUUUGAAUACUUGUUUUGAUGAAGUAUGCACUGAUAUCUGUAUUUUAAUAAGAAGAAAAUCCAGAUGAAGAUUGUAGAAUUGGAGAUGAUGUAUAUGGCGGACAAAAUUGAGCAAGUGCCAGUCGAACCGGAUCAGUAGUUUUCCCUGGUUAGUAAAGCUCAGCGUGGAAGAAUGGAUGAACAGCGCUGUACCUUGGGUCCAACAACACCUCAACAAGCUCAUGCCAACAGCCCAGAUCCCGAUGAGUUUUUCCAGUUGCUGGUCAAGAGUCAAUGUCAACGAUUAGAUGACCAACGGGUGGCGCUUAACUCAUUGCCAGGGAUGGAGGCAUUCACGGUCAAAAAUCCAAAAGAUGGAAAUGUACUGAAGACAAACUUUGAUCAGAUUUGCAGCAUGGUCAGCAGAGCUCAUAGUUUCAAGAAACGCAACCCUCCAAAAAUGAGCCUGACCCCUGGGGCCCAGGGCUCUAUGAGAAGAUCAAGCUUCAGUCCUCAAGCUACUGCUGAUUCAGCCACCUAUAACACACUCACAACCAGAUCAGCCUCAUUCAACCCUAUAUCAGACAAGGACAGAAUGGACUGUGAAAGAUUUCAACGUGAGCAGGACCAGCUGUUGUGUCUAGUUAGUCGAGCACAAAGUGGACGUAUGGAUGAACAACGCUGCUCGAUUAACCCUUUAUCAACCGGACAUAUGGAUAACAGCCAGUCAGAUCAAGAUGUUGAGAAGUUUUUUAAACUCAUUGCUAACACCCAAAAUGGCCGGUUAGAUGACCAGCGGGCAACGCUAAACCGGUUGCCAGAGAUAAAAUCGCCUCAUGGUAUGACUGCUCAGGAUUCAGAUCAGCUCUUCAGCAUGGUCUCUAGAAUACAGGGCUCUCGGAUAGAUGAUCAGCGCUGCUCUGCUCCCAAAAUCCACCUGGGGUCUCCUGCCCCCCCAAAGAAGUCUUAUUCUCAACCCGUAUCCCCGACUAACCGUCUGUCUGAAUCAGGCUCACCCACUAAAUCAUCCCGGAGAUCAGGAUCAUUCAGUCCUGACUCUGAGGUACAAAAUAGUAUUGAUCAGGACCAUCUUUUUUCCCUGCUGCAUCAUGCACAGCAUCGGCGAAUGGAUGACCAGCGGUGCUCAUUUGAACCCUUUAAAAACCCUUCCUCCUCUCCAAAGAAUCCAAACGCUAGUCCCACAGCGGAAGAUCCUGAGCAGUUUUUCAGAAUGGUGGCCAACUUUCAGAGCGGACGACUGGAUGACCAGCGCGUGACACUCAGUGCAUUGCCAGGCAUCCAGAACUCCAGCACUGGAACUAAGAGAGAGAACGAUAAAACAUCAGCCCCUCAAAUCAUCCUGACCCCUGCGUCACCUGCUCCGCCAAAAAAAGUUUGUUCCAGACCUUCCUCUCCCACUCUGAGCGUCAGUGAAUCAGACCCACCUGUCAGGCCUCCCCCCAGAUCGGCCUCAUGUUCUCCAGAGAGAUUACUACAUGAUGACAUGUCUGCGCAGAUAUCAUUUCAAAUUUCCAUGUGCUUCCCUCCACAUCAGACGCAUGGAGCAAAUAACCAGCCGUGUCCAUUCCCUGAAGUCUUCCUCACAAUCGGACAACCAGGGGAGGCUAUAGUAAUUCCUCUCAGCCCUAGGCCUGGCAGACCGCUCACUCUCAAUGUGAACCCACACAGACAGCAUCGCUCCAGGUCUCCUGACAAUCAGGGACACUCGAGACCCUCUUCUCCACACCCAGGAGACAUGGCUAGUCCAAUGGGCCCAUAUGAGGACUACUUCUCUCUGAAACAAAGAGUCCACACCACUCAGCUGCAACAGAAUAACAUACGGGACAGAGCAGAGCCGAACAAGGAGGCUAAGAAGGGAAAAGGAAAAAGUAGUGGAAAGAAAGAAAAAAAGGAGGGAAGCAAAGAAAAGAGAAAAUAGGACGCUAUGCAUGUUCAUAUAUUCUGGUUUCACAUCACCUGGAUGAAUGUCAGUAUUACAAAUAAGCUUAACAUGUUGGUUUUUAGAUCAAAUAGCAUGUCAAAAUAAGCUAUGUUCACACUGGAAAUUAACAUACUGUUUAGAAAUGUAUUCUGUAUUGUUUUUGUUUCAUGGCUCAGGGUUUGAGUAAACUGACUGACUGAAAUGUAUUUUAUUUGUGUGUCUGUAUUAAGUGAAGGUGUUUUUUUUAUCUGCUGUGAUGAAUGAUCAAAUAGGCUUGUGCUGUUUCUGUUGUGUUUGACAAUCUCUGACAAUUGUGUGAAGCUUUAUGUCUGUUUUUAAAAUUAGCGUUACCUGUGCUGUUCAUGUUUCAUGAAAAAUAAAUCAUCAUCCAAUUAGGAUACU